UAGUAGUCGUUCGAGUUUUAUUUAAUUAGUGUCUAGUGUGACUCAGUUGAACAGUAGACGACGACGAAUAGGCCUACCGGUCUGUCAAUAGCCAGAUAUUAAUCAUGACCCAAACACGUUCAUGAUCUAGCUUAAGACAGGUUGUAAAACGGCAGGAGUGACCACAAGUGUUUUAUGAAUCAUUGACAUUCUUUUGAACAUCGUGAUAUAGCAAGUGUACCGUUAUAUUAACAUCUUAUUCAAAUUGUUAGUGCUACAUAUAUAUAUAGUGUAUGGGGAAUAUUUACAUGGCAUUUUCAAACGUAGGCCCAUGGCUUGUGCUGUAGAGAUAAGGAAUAAAGUUUUUUGUUUGGCGUAAUACAUUUCAUAAUGGAAACGGAUAAUAUUUGUACGAAAAUUGUUGGAAAUGACGAGUUGGUUCCAUUUGAUGAUUUUGACCUGGGUCAUUUACCAGAAGAAUGGCGACAUGAAGAACUUUUGGAAUUGAUCAAAGGCGCGGGAAAAUUGGUAGCUCGAGUAAAGGUUACGUCUGACUCUGGCGAAGAUCUGUAUAGUUCGGGUCUCGUGAUCAAAUAUGGCGGAAGUUUUGCAAUUCAAACAAAUAAUAAAUUUAUUGAAAAUGUCACCAUGGCAACCGGGUGUGAAAUCGAAUUUAGUUUUGACAAAGAAGACCGAAAUGAUGUAAUAAAAUGUGUAGGAACUGGUAUAGUGGAGACUUCAAAAAUGCUGGACAAAACCCUCGUCUCGUUUGAACCAAUUCCUGAUUUUCUGAAUGAGUUAAAUAUAAUGGACGACAAGUAUUUUCUUCCAGAUAUUGAAACCGUCAAUCAAGACGGUGUGAACGAAAACGCGACAUCUUUGAUAAUGAUGUCUCAGAAUAAGGCCUAUCUGUUCCUUCCUGAAAACGAAGACGUUAACAAAAAGGCUGAUGUGAAAAUACGAUUCUGUGACGGAACCGUCAGCGACUUAACUAGUAACUGGAUUACAUUUGAACCCAUUCCCGACGAAUUGAAAUCUAAUCCCCACCACGAGGCUUAUUCCUCUUGUAAAGUUCUGAUAUGUACCACUACAGAUGGGCGUACCGUCGGCGCUACGACAGAAUUCUUCUCUGGUCAUAUAGUGUUGAAGAUGCUACAACCCGUCACUUUGGAAGAGGCAAAAAACUCUGUUAUAUAUUUUUACGGCGACAAUGACAAUGAGUUUUUAGGAACGGGGUUAUACUUUAAAAAAUCGAUUUUAGAAUCGGCCCGCGCAAUUAAUGGUCUCGAAAUCAACAUUCCCAAAGCAGACACAAGCUCAGAACAUGAACUUUUGGCGCGAAUAUUUGACUCAUUUUGGUUGCUAUCGUUUAAACCCGUACCAAAUCCAAUUCAGCACGACAUGUCAAAAAGGAAAAGAAGCUGUACACUUUUAGAAAACGACCAAGGAGGAGUUGUCGUUAUUGGACAUCCCAGUGGUAAAAUAAAAAUGGCUGCUGCGGGUAAGAUUGUAAGGAGUGGAGUAUAUCAUGAUAAAGAAAAUGGUGAUAUUGGUUUUGAAGUCAUUUUCGAAGCUAAAACUGUAAAGCAGGAUUUAGUAGGUUCCUUAGUCUUGUGUCUACAAACGGGGAAAAUAUACCACCUUAAGGAAGUAUUAUCGGCAAAUAGCGAUGAAGAAGCCGAUAUGUGUCGUGCUGUGUUAGGAAUCAGACUAGAUCAGCUUUUUAAAGUGAAUAAACCUAAACGUGAUUAAUAUUUAUUAUUUCUGCGGUUAAAAAAGCCGUCCAAAUAAACAGGCAUGUGUAUAGAUGUGUCGGCGAAAGCUUAUUAAAGAUGGAUUUCAAACUGGCUUGAAGUUUUAUCUGCUUCCUUCUCUUCGUUUAUAUCACAUUAAACAUUUGGCACGUACGUUAUCUCGACAGUUAUCUAUUUUAUUAUAUAGUUUAUGUAUUCAUAUGCCAUUUUGAAUCAUAUUUGUCGGUUAUGUAUUAUUUCAGUCACUCUUAAGUCCAUUAUGCUAAUUUGCAAAGUUUGUUUUUAUAUUUUCUUAGUAAAUAGUUUACAAUAUGUAUCCGGUUCAUGUCAUCUAAUAUCCGAUAAGUCUUAUGAAAAUACAGACAAGAAUAAAGAGGGAACACAGUA